CCGUGUCUCGCUGACGCGCCGGUAGCGUCCCGCAGUCGGGAGCGCGCCCCGUGGAUGACAACAAAUUCGUCGCGCAGCGGCGGUGGAGGUGUCCGCCUCAGCCCCGGCCUCAGGCCCUGCCGUCUCCCCGCGUGAUCUCUUGCAUCCUCUCUCUGGGCCGACUAGGACCCCCUCGGAAGCCCCCGGGCUUGGGGUGACGGGGACUCCUCCGCGCCUUGUCCCCGCCAGGCCUAGCGCGAGCGGCGCGGCACAGGUGAUGGGGUCUCCCUGAGGGAUUCCCGGCCCCGAGCGGGCAUGGAGGGGCCUCCCCGGGCUUAGGCUUCGCCGCGGCCUGGGCUCGCCGGCCGGGACCUGAGACGCCGCCUCAGCCACAGCAUCGGCCUGGAGCCGGAGCCUGGACCCCCAGGCCAGAGCCGUCCGCAGCCCCCGCCGGCCCAGCUGCCAGCCCUCGUCAUGCCUUGGCCGUUUUCGGAGUCCAUCAAGAAGAGGGCCUGUCGGUACCUCCUGCAGAGGUACCUGGGCCACUUUCUGCAGGAGAAGCUGAGCCUGGAGCAGCUCAGUCUGGACCUGUACCAGGGCACCGGGUCCCUCGCCCAAGUUCCCUUGGACAAAUGGUGUCUCAAUGAGAUCCUGGAGUCAGCAGAUGCGCCUUUAGAAGUCACUGAAGGAUUCAUACAGUCAAUUUCUCUGUCCGUUCCAUGGGGCUCCUUGCUGCAGGAUAACUGUGCACUGGAAGUGAAAGGGUUAGAACUGGUCUUCCGACCGAGACCUCGCCUAGCAACUGGUUCUGAGCCUAUGUAUUGGUCAAGUUUCAUGACCAGCAGUAUGCAAUUGGCAAAAGAAUGUCUUAGCCAGAAACUAACAGAUGAACAAGGAGAAGGAUCCCAGCCUUUUGAAGGACUUGAAAAGUUUGCUGAAACCAUUGAAACAGUACUAAGAAGAGUAAAAGUCACUUUUAUAGACACUGUCUUGAGAAUUGAACAUGUGCCAGAAAAUUCCAAAACUGGAACUGCAGUUGAAAUUCGAAUAGAAAGAACCAUGUACUGUGAUGAAACUGCUGACGAGUCCUCAGGAAUUAAUGUACAUCAACCCACAGCUUUUGCCCACAAGUUACUUCAGCUCUCUGGAGUGUCUCUCUUCUGGGAUGAGUUUUCUGCAUCAGCAAAAUCUUCCCCAGUUUGUUCAACUGCACCAGUGGAAGCUGAGCCAAAGCUGUCCCCUAGCUGGAGUCCCAGAAUUGUGUAUGAGCCACACCCACAACUAACUAGGAGUUUGCCAGAAGCAGCACCCUCUGACCCGGUGCAGAUUGGAGGGCUAGUCGGUAGUUUGGGGUUGAGUCUCACAUUGAAACAGAAUGAGGUACUUCCUGGAGCUAAGUUGGAUAUUGAUGGACAGAUAGACUCUAUACAUCUAUUCCUGUCGCCAAGGCAGGUGCACUUGCUUUUGGAUAUGUUAGCAGCUAUUGCUGGACCAGAAAAUUCAAGCAAAAUCGGGUUAGCUAAUAAAGACAGAAAAAAUCGACCCAUGCAGCAAGAAGAUGAAUAUCGAAUUCAAAUGGAAUUAAACCGGUAUUAUUUGAGGAAAGAUUCCCUCUCUGCGGGUGUAUCCUCAGAGCAAAGCUUUUAUGAGACAGAAACAGCUCGUACACCUUCUAGCCGGGAAGAAGAAGUUUUCUUCUCCAUGGCUGAUAUGGACAUGUCCCAUAGUCUCUCUUCUCUUCCACCCCUUGGGGAACCCCCAAAUAUGGACCUUGAGUUAUCAUUAACUAGUACAUAUACAAACACCCCAGCAGGAUCUCCAUUAAGUACUACUGUGCUUCAGCCAACUUGGGGAGAUUUCCUGGAUCAUCAUAAAGAACAGCCAGUAAGAGGGUCAGCAUUACCAUCCAACCUAGUUCACCCAGCAUCUUUACAGAAGACUGCUCUCCCCUCUAGAUCUGUUUCAGUGGAUGAAUCCAGGCCUGAAUUUAUUUUUAGACUAGCUGUGGGAACUUUUUCAAUCUCUGUGCUUCACAUCGAUCCUUUAUCUCCACCUGAAACAUCAUUGAACCUUAAUCCAUUGACACCUAUGGCGAUAGCUUUCUUUACUUGUAUAGAAAAGAUUGAUCCAGCAAGAUUUUCAACAGAAGAUUUUAAGUCUUUCCGAGCAGUAUUUGCAGAAGCUUGCUCACAUGAUCACCUUAGAUUUAUAGGUACUGGCAUCAAAGUAUCCUAUGAACAAAGACAAAGAUCAGCUUCUAGAUAUUUCAGUACUGAUAUGUCCAUAGGGCAAAUGGAACUUUUGGAAUGCCUGUUUCCGACUGAUUUUCAUUCUGUUCCUCCUCACUAUACAGAGCUUUUAAUGUUCCAUUCCAAAGAACAAACUGAUUCUCACCCCACUGUGUGUCUUCAGCUUCAUUAUAAGCAUUCUGAGAAUAAAGGACCCCAGGGUAGUCAGGCAAGACUUAGUUCUGUUCCUCAGAAGGCAGAAUUACAGGUUAAGUUAAAUCCAGUGUUUUGUGAGCUGGAUAUCAGUAUUGUGGACAGGUUAAAUUCUUUGCUUCAACCACAGAAGCUCACUACAGUAGAGAUGAUGGCAUCACACAUGUAUACUUCAUAUAAUAAGCAUAUUAGUCUGCACAAAGCUUUCACUGAAGUAUUUCUAGAUGAUUCACAUAAUCCUGCAAAUUGUCGGACAUCAGUACAAGUUGCCACGCCAGUAUUAAACCUUUCUGUUCGCUUCCCAAUACCUGAUCUUCGAUCAGAUCAAGAGAGGGGACCAUGGUUUAAGAAGUCACUUCAGAAGGAGAUUCUUCAUUUAGCAUUCACAGAUCUAGAAUUUAAGACUGAAUUCCUAGGAGGAUCAACCCCUGAACAAGUUAAAUUGGAACUUACCUUUAGAGAACUAGUUGGGUCAUUCCAGGAGGAUAAAGGAGAGCCAUCCAUUAAUUUUUUCCACGUGACUAGUGGAGGAGAUGGAGAUACAGCGUCGUCAGAUGACUUUGACUGGCCGCGAAUUGUGCUGAAAGUAAACCCACCAGCCAUGCAUUCCAUUUUGGAGAGAAUAGCAGCUGAGGAAGCAGAAGAGAGUGAUGGCCACUACCAGGAAGAAGAGGAAGGAGGCGCUCAUUCCCUGAAAGACGUUUGUGAUCUGAGAAGACCAGCCCCGUCUCCCUUCUCUUCUCGUAGAGUGAUGUUUGAAAAUGAACAGAUGGUGAUGCCAGGAGACCCUGUAGAAAUGACAGAGUUUCAAGAUAAAGCAAUCAGCAGUUCUCACUAUGUGCUGGAACUUACAUUACCCAAUAUUCAUAUAACACUACCUAAUAAAAGCUUUUAUGAGAAGCUUUAUAAUAGGAUCUUUAAUGAUUUGCUGCUCUGGGAACCAACAGCUCCUUCACCAGUAGAGACAUUUGAAAAUAUUUCAUAUGGUAUUGGGCUUUCAGUAGCCAGUCAACUGAUUAAUACCUUCAACAAAGAUAGUUUCAGUCCAUUUAAAUCUACAGUUCACUAUGAUGAGGAAAGUGGAUCUGAGGAGGAGACUUUGCAGUAUUUUUCCACUGUUGAUCCCAGUUAUCGUUCUCGUAGGAAGAAAAAACUAGACUCUCAGAACAAGAACUCGCAGAGUUUUCUCUCAGUUCUUCUGAGCAUUAAUCAUGGAUUAAUUGCAGUGUUUACAGAUGUAAAGCAAGAUAAUGGAGAUCUGUUGGAAAACAAGCAUGGUGAAUUCUGGUUAGAAUUCAACAGUGGUUCAUUAUUUUGUGUGACAAAAUAUGAAGGUUUUGAUGACAAGCACUAUAUCUGCCUUCACUGUAGCAGUUUCAGUCUCUAUCACAAAGGCAUAGUGGAUGGAGCAAUUCCUUCUACAGAAACACGACUGCCCAGUUCAACCCGACCACAUUGGUUAGAACCUACUAUUUAUUCCUCUGAAGAAGAUGGCCUCAGUCGAGCUUCUUCAGAUGGUGUUGGAGGAGACACUUUGAAUAUGCUCUCUGUUGCAGUUAAAAUAUUGUCUGAUAAAUCAGAGUCCAAUACAAAGGAAUUUCUCAUUGCUGUGGGACUGAAAGGAGCCACUCUCCAGCACAGAAUGCUUCCUUCUGGGCUUAGCUGGCAUGAGCAGAUUUUAUACUUCUUGAAUAUUGCUGAUGAACCUGUUCUGGGAUACAAUCCUCCAACUUCAUUUACAACCUUUCAUGUUCAUCUCUGGAGCUGUGCACUUGAUUAUAGGCCUCUUUAUUUGCCAAUCCGAUCUCUUCUUACUGUUGAAACAUUCAGCAUUUCAAGUAGUGUUGCCUUGGAUAAAUCAUCUUCUACUCUCAGAAUAAUCUUGGAUGAAGCUGCUUUACAUCUGUCUGACAAGUGUAAUACUGUCACUGUAAAUCUGAAUAGAGAUUAUGUUCGUGUGAUGGAUAUGGGGCUUUUGGAAUUAACCAUAACUGCAGUGAAGUCUGAUUCUGAUGGAGAGCAAACAUUUUUAUCCUUUUUUCCGUGUCCUGUCCAGACCGAGCCGCACUUUGAAUUACACUGUUCGAGUGACGUUGUCCAUAUUAGAACGUGCUCGGACUCUUGUGCUGCAUUAAUGAAUCUCAUUCAGUACGUUGCAAGCUACGGGGACUUACAUGCGGCUAACAAGGCGGACGUGAAGUCCGGAGCCCCGCAAAGAAAGAUGAAGGUAGAUUCCGCUGGUCGGUCAUCCUCACGUGGUCCAGUACUUCCUGAAGCAGAUCAACAAAUAUUACGAGAUUUGAUGAGUGACGCUAUGGAGGAAAUUGACACGCAAGAGGCUGCUGUGUCUGUAAAACCACAGUCUAAUGGUGUUUUGGAUGAAAAAUCGCAAAUUCAGGAGCCAUGUUGUUCAGACCUCUUCCUGUUUCCUGAUGAGAGUGGAAACGUGUCCCAGGAGCCUGGGCCCACUUACGCCUCAUUCACACACCACUUGAUGAGUGAUGCGGUGACAGGCGUGCCCACAGAAAACGACGACUUUUGCAUUCUUUUUGCACCAAGAGCAACCAUUCAGGAGAAGGAAGAAGAACCAGUUGUAAAAAUAAUGGUUGAUGAUGCGAUUGUGAUAAGAGAUAACUAUUUUAGUCUGCCUGUUAAGAAGACGGAUACGAGCAAAGCCCCGUUACACUUUCCUAUUCCUGUAAUUCGGUACCUGGUUAAAGAAGUCUCUCUCGUUUGGCAUCUUUUUGGAGGAAAAGAUUUUGGAACAGCCCCUCCUGCUUCUCCAGCUAAAAGUUAUAUUAGUCCCCACAGCUCACCUUCUCACACACCUGCAAGACAUGGACGUAAUGUGGUAUGUGGGGGAAAAGGAAGAAACCAUGACUUUUUAAUGGAAAUACAGUUAAGCAAGGUGAAGUUUCAGCACGAGGUCUACCCCCCAUGCAAACCAGAGUGCGAUUCUAGCCUCUUGGAGCACCCGGUCUCGCGGCAGGUGUUCAUUGUGCAGGACCUUGAAAUUCGAGAUCGUCUGGCAACAUCACAAAUGAAUAAGUUUUUGUACCUGUAUUGUAGUAAAGAAAUGCCUCGAAAAGCUCAUUCCAACAUGCUGACAGUGAAAGCAUUCCAUGUGCGCCCGGAGUCUGGCAGGUCACCACAGGAGUGCUGCCUCAGAGUGUCACUCAUGCCACUUCGCCUGAAUAUUGACCAGGAUGCCUUGUUCUUCCUGAAGGAUUUCUUCACAAGUGUUUCCACAGAAGUAGAGCUUCUCAUGGCUCCAGAUCCAGAAGUUAAAAAGUCUCCUGGAGCUGAUGUCACCUGCAGUUUGCCAAGGCAUUUAAGCACCUCAAAGGAGCCAAAUCUAGUUAUUUCUUUCCCUGGGCCAAAGCAGCCUUCCCCGAAUGGCAGUGCCAAUUCAGUGCAAGUGGUCAAUGGGGAAGAAGAGAAGGACUUCUCUGCUGAAGAAGCGUCGUUUAGUGAUCAGCCUGUGUUUUUUAGAGAAUUUAGAUUCACAUCAGAAGUUCCUAUUCGACUUGAUUAUCAUGGCAAACACGUAUCAAUGGAUCAGGGUACAUUAGCUGGGAUUUUGAUUGGUCUGGCCCAGCUAAACUGCUCUGAACUAAAGCUGAAGAGGCUUUUCUAUCGGCAUGGUUUGCUAGGUGUUGACAAAUUAUUCUCGUAUGCAAUCACUGAAUGGCUUACUGACAUUAAGAAGAACCAGCUGCCAGGAAUUCUGGGAGGCGUUGGGCCUAUGCAUUCACUAGUGCAAUUAGCGCAAGGCCUGAAGGACUUGGUCUGGUUGCCAGUUGAGCAGUACCGGAAGGGCGGCCGCAUCGUCAGAGGGUUUCAGAGAGGCGCUGCCUCCUUUGGCACCUCAACAGCGAUGGCUGCUCUAGAACUCACGAACAGAAUGGUUCAAACCAUACAGGCGGCGGCGGAGACUGCUUAUGACAUGGUGUCUCCUGGUACGCUUUCUAUCGAGCCCAAGAAGGUCAAAAGGUUCCCUCAUCACCGCUUAGCCCACCAGCCAGUGGACCUGAGGGAAGGCGUGGCCAAGGCCUACAGUGUCGUGAAGGAGGGACUUGCCGACACGGCUCAGACCAUUUACGAAACCGCAGCCCGGGAACACGAGAGCAGAGGGGUGACUGGCGCCGUGGGCGAAGUCCUGCGCCAGAUCCCCCCAGCCGUGGUGAAACCUCUGAUCGUUGCCACAGAAGCAACAUCCAACGUCUUAGGUGGCAUGAGAAACCAAAUUAGACCGGACGUUCGGCAAGACGAGUCACAGAAAUGGCGCCACGGAGAAGACUGACAUUUCAGAUGUGAUUCUUUACGAAGAUCAUGAGGGUGGAAACAAGAAGCGGAGUAUCCCACUGGCAGCUUUAGAGGGAACUCGUUUCAUUUGAUUGUGCUCAUCUCAGGAACCAAACCAUUUCUUAGUGAAAUAAUUUAGUAUCGAAACAACAUGCACCCAAAACCUUUUGACAUUUUAGGGCUACUUUGGUACUUGCCUGUAGAAUAGAAAUGUUUGGUGGCUGGUGUCAAAAGUCCAUAAAGCAUUUGCUGCCCAGUGAGUGGAAUGUUUGCUUUUAUUCAAAUGACUGUACUUUUCCUUGUUACAGACAGCUGUCGCUGGAAACCUCCUUUUACAGGACAGAGUGCUCAGAAACAUUUGAGCACUUUGAAAGCACUAUUUAUGUUGCUCUAAGGAGUUGAUUUUUCUCCAGGUUUGAAGAGAAUCACAGCUUUGAAACUUUCAUUGAAAAUGAGAGACAGAAGCCACAGGGAAAGUAAAACAAAUAGGAUGUUCAAUAUAAAUACCCGUGAGGAAAAAAUAACCUAGUCUGUUGGAUUUAGUGUUCCUGCACUCGAGAACAACGUCGUUUCCAUUUGCUCAGAAGAGCCUUCUGUGGGAGUUUGAGGACGUGAAUGUCGCAGACUUGUUCUGUUGUGUUGCACUUUAUUGUGUGUGUGUGUCUCUGUGUGUGUGUGUUUAGAUUAAUACAAGUCAUGUGCUAUAUUCUACGUGUAAUUUAUAGAGUUACACAAAAUAUAAAGAGGGGUAAGUCUGAAGGUUUUUGGCAAAGGAAGGUAACUCAAAUGUAAGAGCUUUCAUUCAUUCUAAGUGUAAAUGAAAAUGUGCAUUCUAUAAUGAACUGGGGCCCAUCUAAUUGUUUAUAUAUUCAGUUUUAAGCAGGUAUAGUGCAAGGUUAUUAGGAAUGUGUGGAAAGGGAGAUUGAAAGUGGUUUUUACUCUUUUGAAAUUAACCAAAAAUCCUCCAAAUAUGCCCUAGUCAGCUAUUUCGAAGUACCAUUUUUACUUGGUUAACAAUGUACAUUUUGAUAAUCUGUCAGGAAUGAAUAAAGUAUUUUUAUUUAAAGGUAAAAUUGUUCUAUGCUUCCAUGAAUAUUUUGCUUCUCUUAGAGCAUAUUCAUAGAUGCAAGACUAGAAUUUAUUCCAAGAUCCUUGGGAACACUUUCUCAAAAUUGAUUUUGGUUAGUAUCAAGUAAAUCAUUACCUAGGAGUGAGAGGGAAAUUGUUCUCAAGAACUCAGCCUCUAACUUUAGAUUAAUCUAGCAGAAAGAAAAUAUAGGACUUUGUAUUCAUCCACUGUUUAAAGUUGCAUGAUGUACAUUCUCAUUUUCUAGAGUGGGGGGAUGUCAUCGAGGUGAAUUUGGAUUUCAGAACUGCUUUCACUUUGGGGUUUGGAAAAUGACGUUGAAUCAAUUUCAUUCUCUAAACUUUCUAAACAAGAAAGCAAAUGUAAACCAAAAAUCUGAACAUUUAAAAUUUAUAAAAUUAUGUUAAAUAGCAUUUAAUUUUGUUUUCUGUUUACUGCUGAAAAACUUUAAAGGAUAGUGCUCAGAAAACCACCUGUUUAAGCAUCACAGGACCGUUUAUUACACGGCCCCAAUUAGUUGGAGUCCACCUAGAACGUGGUCCUGAGUAAACGCUAGCCAUGGCUAUUUAUUAUAUGAAGCUUCAGCCUGCUUCCGGGGUGCUUUCCAGGCACCCUCACAUUGACACCAGUAUUUUCCCUUAUAAGGGAACAUGCUGUGUGUGAUAUCUGUGACGAUUAAUCAAACUGGAAAACACUUGCUCAAAUUUAAAAAUAUAAAAUCUCUUUAUUAAAUAUAUUUUCCAUACUAUAUCUAAUUGAACUUAAAUAAUUAGUAUAGGGAGAAAUAAUCAUCCUCUUCUUUGUACUCUGAGUUGCAAAUGGACCUAGUUUUUUUUGACAAAUUGGGUUUAUAAGUCCCAUUUAAACAUAUGUCUUUAUAGUGUAAUUUCCAUGGCUCUCUGUUCUGCCCUCCUGCACCUGCUUUUAAUAGAAUUCAUGUUUGGGAACAGAAACCUUGUGUUUCAGAAAGAUUGAGUGUCAAGGGUCUAGUCAUUGUCAGUUUAACCAAGAUGCUCUUUACUUGAGAUGUUUACAUAGAGGUCCUUUCUAUAUUUGAAUACUUAGGCAUUGUUAAAUAUCCUUAAUUUUUUCAAGAGUGUCUUUCCGAACUUUGAUGUCACCACGACACAGUAAAGAGCAUCGGCAGGGUCCUCGUGUUUCCAGAUCUGUGACUUACCAAGUGGAUGCCUUUGCCGAGACAUUGAGUUUCUUUGUGCCUCUGUGUCCCUCUCUGUAAACGAAGGGGUUUCUUACGACAAAGCCCAGCAGAGAUUUUCGGAUGAGUAGAGCGUGCGUGUGUAUGCAUGUGAAUGAUGGCUUGGGAUGUGGCACUCUGUCGAGGGCCCCGGGCCUCUGGCACCUGGGACGGGUGGUGACGUCGAACGAGAGCACUGGCCACAUCACACCCACAGUAGCCGCGGCUCCUUCAGAUCUCUGACCUCUUAGAGUAACGUGUCUCUGAACGGCCAUGGUGCCUUCAAGGCUGACUUCUGAAUGGAGCAAACGGAGCAUGUGCACAUAUUGCUGCAUUGAGUCCACGUAUGUUUCUCCCCGAGGGGUCCAGGUCAGCGAGCUUGAUCGGGAUGCGUUUGUGAGUUUCAGAACCUCACAGUGUUGCAGGAACAGGUUAAGACCACUUUAUGUUACAAAGGCAGCAGAGGCCAUGGUGACAUCUUCUCUUGAUUAGGAUCCCCCAGUUUCCCUUCCUGUCUGUCCACAGAUUGCUAUUAUUUACAAAUAGAAUGUCCGCUCAGCAUUUGCCUUUUAGGACAGAUAGGAUGCAAUGUUUUCUUCUAGACAUCAUAGCGAAGACUUUCAUUUUGGUAAAGCUUGGGUCCAAUUUGGAUUCCCACUUAAGCACGUAUAUUUAACAUCAAUAUUUUUAUAAUGCAGAACUCACUUUAAGAAAAAAAAAAAACAUCUUCCCAAAUAGCAAUGUGCCUAAAAUGGGAAAAAGACUAAAAACCAGUAUUUCCUGCGUCCUGCUAUGCGUCACUUCCAUCUCCUUUAAAAACUGUGUUUUGUAGGUUUGGUGCCUUUGUUCAGUUCCCAAACAGCCCGAACAACUACGUCUGCUCCUCGGGGCCGCUCGGCACCCUCGGGUACUGUUGGUUCAGGUUCUGUGCACCGUGUGUGCUCUCAGCAGAGACGAGAGACGAGAGAUAGAGGGCAGAGGCAAGUUAAGCCGUUUUAAACGAGGAAUCCACACUUUCACUAAGUAGUUAUAGGAUUAACAAUUAAUUAUCUUACCAUGAAUUUAGAUCUUGUAUAUGUAAAAAGCUGCAUGACUCAGCUUAAGAGAAAUCAUUUACCUUUGCCCCGCCUCAGUUUUCUCACACCUGAGUGGGGUGUAAAUGAACCCUCAGCCUUGUGGCAGUGUGGCAGGACUCGUGGCCCGUGGUGAGCAGUCUGUUCCCUGUUUUCCUUUAUAUCCUCUUGACCUACUUAAGACAUGAGAGAAAAUGUCUAUAAAGUUCUUUAAGCAUCGUAAAAGUAAGGGCCUGUGCAUAUGCAAAGCGAUACUUUGCAUCUGCAAAUGCAUCAACUGGACAUACCCAUUGGUACUAAAUUGAAUAACUCAAGUAUCAAUAUAAAUUUGUGAGUCUUAGGUUAAAAAGGAAGGUUAUUUGGGUAGUAUACAGAUAAUGAAGGAAAGAACAAUUUUUAUCUAUUACCAAGAAAUCUUAUUUCUGUGUCCUGGAAGGUAUAGUCAGUCUUUUCACUGAGAAUAACUGAGUGCUUUAAUGCCAAUUUAUUUUUAUCUCAGAAGUUUCAGGAUCAUGCUAGGCACUGCUCCCUGUAGUAGAGUUUACAUGCACAGUUGCAAGUCAGCUAGUUUUAAUCAGAAGUAUUUUCCUUUCAUUGUAGUGUCUGCAAAUCAGAGAGAGAGAAGGCAUUCUAACACACCAUGAUCGGCUUCUUUGGGGAUGAGAAACUUGAGUUUCAACAAUUCAUAUUUUGAAAUGUCAGCAAUUUUUAAAAACAGAGGUGUUAGACAUUUUUGCUUCCUGUAACCAGUGUUGGCCCCUUGGUUUCAAGCAUGUUGCUUCAUAAAAAGCACCAGAUGGCUAUCUGAUGUAUUUCAAGAGAUUGUAGAUGUGAUGUUGGCUGACUCAGUGACAUCUCUAAUGCUCUGGGGGUGUUGAAAUAGCAGCCCCUCCUUUAAGAAACAUGUUUACUUUGCUGUUUCACAUGUACUUUGUGUAUAUGAAAUGGCAGCUUCCAGUUUCUAGUCGGAUUUGUCUUACAUUGUUUGUGUAACUUGCCAGUCACACAGGACUGUUUGCUUUUUCAUUGCAAAAUUUGGUAGGGACGCCAAUUCAGCUCUUAUGUUAAUCCAUCCUGAUUUAUUUUAGACAUUGAAUUGAUCUCACCAGAAGUAAAAAACGUAUGUUGUAUAUGUUGACUGUCAUUGCUAAGUUUCCUAAUUGAGGUAAUUAUGGAUAUGAAUACUUUAAGAAUACUGAUGCUAUAUGAGUAUUUUUGUGGAAAUGUUAACUUGUUAGUGUGAC